CUCCCCGAGGCUUGACUGACAAGAUACCGAACCAAUCGCGGUUAUAUAGGGCGGAGAUACGCGGGCGACGAAAAAAGGCUUGUUAAAAUUGAACCAAGAUACACUUUGCAAUUGCACGUUUGGUCGGACGUGCGGACAGAUCAACGAGAUUAAAAUGUACUGCGUUGCUAUUUUAAACAUAUGAUCAGAUCUCACUAAGCUCCGAACAAGAUGGCGUUCUUCAAAAACAACUUCUGGGGGGAGAAGAACACGGGAUUCGACGUGCUUUACCACAACAUGAAGCACGGACAGCUUGCCGCCAAAGAGCUGGCGGAGUUUGUGCGAGAGAGGGCAGCCAUCGAAGAGACGUACUCCAAGUCCAUGAGCAAGCUGGCCAAGAUGGCGAGCAACGGAAGCACAUUGGGGACCUUCGCCCCCAUGUGGGACGUGUUUCGCGUUUCGUCAGACAAGCUGGCCCUCUGCCAUCUAGAGCUCAUGAGGAAGAUGAACUCCCUCAUCAAUGACAUCAACAAGUAUGGAGAAGAGCAGGUCAAAGUCCACCGCAAGACCAAGGAGGAGGUGGUGUCCACGCUGGAGUCGGUGCAGAUGCUGCAGGUGCAGAGCGGCCAGCUGCAGAAGGCCCGGGAGAACUACCACAGCAAGUGCACGGACGCGGACCGCCUGCGCAGGGAGGGCGCCCCGCAGAAAGAGCUGGAGAAGGCGGAGAUGAAGUCGAAAAAGGCAGCGGAGUCCUUCAGCUCCUCCGUGGAAAAAUACAACCGAGUGGGCGGAGACUUUGAGCAGAAAAUGUGCGAAUCGGCACAGAAGUUCCAGGAGCUGGAGGAGGUCCACCUGCGGCAGAUGAAGCAGCUGAUUAAGGCAUAUUCCCACUCCAUAGAGGAUACGCAUGUGCAGGUGGGACAGGUGCACGAGGAGUUCAAGCAGAAUGUGGAGAACAUCGGGAUUGAGAACCUCAUUAAGAAGUUUGCUGAGCAAAAGGGCACGGGCACAGAGCGACCAGCUCCAGUGGGCUUUGAGGAGUUCAGCUCCAGUCAGGUGCCAGAGGGCAAGAAGAGCCGCAGCAAGGCUUUCCGCAUACCGGGACUGGGCAAGAGGGACAAGGAGCCCGACUCCACGGACACAGCUGUCACUGAGGCUCCAAAUUCCCCACAAGUGGACGACGAGGGCUUCGUGAUCCGAGCAGACGGCGAUCAGAAUGGCCUCUCCCAGGAAAAAGACUGCAGCUUCUUCUCCAGCGACUCCGACUUUGACGACGAGGAGCCCAAGAAGUUCAACAUCCAGAUCCGCCCGGUGGGCAACGGCGGGAGGGGCCACGCGGCGGCCGAGGAGCGGGAGCUGAGGGCCACCGUGGGGGCCCUGACGCUGCCCCCCAACAGAGCGGUCUCUGUCAAGAGGCAUCUCUCCAGGAACUCCAGCUGCACGGCUGGAGCACGCUCAGAAGGUGAAGGGGAUUCCGCCCCCCGCAGGGAGAGUGAAAAGGAAGGACUGCGGAGAUCGACCUCCAGUCCUGACCAUGGCAGGCUGAACUGCAGUGUUUCUGGCUCGGAGAAGCUCUUUGGACCUCCGCUGGACUCCGCCUUCAAGUCCAGCAGCUUUGCAGAUGCUGCUUUCUCCUCUGAGUCCUCCUCUCCAGAGAACGUGGAGGACUCGGGGCUGGACUCCCCUUCCCAUCAGCCUCUGGGGCCCUCUCCAGAGCCUGCCGGUUGGGCGGCCUGGCCGUCCACUGCGCAGGGCAGAGAGCCGGGCAGUCUGGGAAGGGCGUCCGACCCCUUCCUGUCCGCCUUCCGGGACCCUUCCCCGGGUCGGGCCCCUCCCGUGCAGGACGACUCGGCGGGGGCGUGGUCCGGCGCCCCCCGCUCUCCCCGGCCCGCCCCCGACGUGGACCCCGCCUUCUUCACCUUCCCGGCGUUCGGGCGCGGCCUGGCGCCGCCGGAGCUGGACGCCCCGGUGUGGAGCUGCAAGCACAUCCCACCGGAGGACCCCUUCCUGGCGGCGUUCGAGCGGACGGCCCCCCCGGAGCUGGGCGCCUCCCCGGAGCCCUGGGCCCCCGCCCGACCCCGGCUGUCCCGGGAAGGCCGGGGGCUCAAAGACCCGCCCAAAGGGGGGCCGGAGGGGCGCGGGGACCCCUUCGCCUCCCACGGCGACAAGAAGGGCCCGUCCGCUUCCUCCUCUUCCUCCUCCUCCUCCUCGUCCCAGAAAGAGAGGGACAGAGGCGCCCCCAUUUUGGAGUCCCCCGAAGACCCGUUCUCCAUCACCAUAAUCGGCAGCCCCUCCCACCAGUCCACCCUGGCCGCGGCUGCGGCGGCCCAGAGCUCCAGCAGCAGCAGCAGCAGCAGCAGGCUGGCCCCCGCCCCCAGCUCUGGCCCCGCCCCUGGCCCCGCCCAUGGCCCCACCUCCGGGUCCGCCUCCAGGCCUAGGAAGGAGCUGGUGCGCUGGAACUCCAUGCAUAACCCCUUCAGCGAGACCGGCAAAACCGGAGCGCCCGCAGGGACAGGAAGUGGGCGGAAGGAGGGCAGAAAGCAGCGAGCUUCGGAGGGAGGCCCACGCAGGAACGGCCUGCCUCUCACCAGGCAUUCUGGGCCGCAGGAGGACCUGUGCUUCUCUACAGAAAAUGACCAGAACUGCUUGAGCCUGAGCAGUCAGCCGUCCCGGAGCGGAGACACACCCCCUCCAUCUCGGCGGGACAGCGCGGAGCUGCUGCUGGCGGCCCCCCCUCGCCCGUCCCGGUCCAGACGGGUCACCGCGGGCCGGCAGAGUGGUUCUGAACGGUCCAGGUCUCUUUGCUCCUCCCCCCGGACUGGCCCCAGCCCCCCCCUCACCGUCUCCUCCUCCUCCUCCUCCAGCCCGAGCGAGUGGGCGGGGCAGCCGUCAAUCACCCCCCGAGCAGCCAGCCCCGCCAGAGCGGGGUUAUCCCGGGGGCCCAGCCCGAUCUCCCUCAGCGCCCAGGAGUCCUGGCCGGUGGCAGCGGCCAUCACAGAGUACAUCAAUGCCUACUUCAGAGGCGGGGAGCACAAUCGCUGCCUGGUGAAGAUAACGGGUGACCUCACCAUGUCCUUUCCCGCCGCAAUCCUGCGCACCUUCACUGCCAACCCCAACGCCCCCGUCCUCAGCUUCCGAUUGGUCAACAUCGCUCGGGUGGACCACUUCCUGCCCAACCAAAAGCUGCUUUACAACGACCCCUCCCAGAAUGAUCCGGACAACAGGGACUUCUGGUUCAACAUGCAGGCCCUUAACGUGUAUCUCCAGAGAGAGGCUGAACUCAAUCCCCAAGCCUCGUACUACAACGUGACUCUACUGAAGUACCAGUUCUCCUCCCAGGACCCGGGCAGCGCCCCCUUGCUGCUGUCUGCGGAAUGCCAGCGCAGUGGCACGGUGACCCGCGUCUCCCUGGACUACCACUGUUGCCCGGCGACCGCCCCGGCCACCCAGCUGACGGGCGUGCAGGUCAUGAUGUCCCUCGAUCACACCGCCACUGACCUACAGUGCCAGCCGUCCGCAUCAUGGAAUACGGAGGAGAGACGGUUACUGUGGAAACUGCCUAACCUCUCCCCCACCAACCACAGCAAAGGCUCGGGGACGCUGUGCGCCAGCUGGCAGUGUCUGGAGGUGCCCCGCGGGCCGCCGCCCAGCCUGCUGGUGCAGUUCGUGGGCUCCGGGGCCACCCUGUCGGGCAUGGACGUGCAGGUGGCGGGCAGCCGCUACCGCAUGUCGCUGGUGAAGAAGAGGUUCGCCACCGGGAAGUACAUGGCCGGCUGCUCCAUCUGAGCAGGAGAGGAAGAGGCCUCCUGGGAGCUUUCGCACACCGAACGCACUUUCGAUUUCCCCGCGGAGCCCAGAGCCCAAGGGCCCGCCACGCACCGGGGAACAUCACGUCCGCUGUUCCGCUACCCUGACCCUGACCCCCCCCUCCUCGGCGUGAGAGGGGACGUGCACUUACCCGGGGACCGUCACACAAAACCUAGUACUUACCUUAGAGGUGUUCUUCAUUGGUUCACAGUUCAGAAAUCCCGCCCGUUCUUUGUGGGAGUGUAUUUCCUUUUCUUCUUUGUGCUCUAAGCAAUGUGAAUUGUGUGUGCCUUGGGUGAAGAUCUUGAGUUGGGGAAACCAUGGAUGUAACAAUCUGGCAGGACUAAGGACCGUGUACAGACAAAUAUGUGUUUAUAUGAUCUCAUGCAUAUGUACCUGAAAUGGAACUGCCAUGAAAAGUAGAUUUUUUAAGUAUUUAUAUAUUGCUCAAGGUAGACGCAGUAGUUAGUUAUGCAGACAUGUCUGGGUUGUAGAGUACGUGUGAAUCAGGCAAAAAUCAGUCUGUGUAAAUCUAAGGAUUUGUUCAGGUGGGACUAAUAAAACUGCCAAUUUCUUUUUCAAA